CACGGGUAACACCGUACUGUAAAAUAGAGGUGUAGUCCUCUUAGAAUAAUUUUUGAUGUUAACAAAACAAUAACUGUGAGGUUUUUCUCGGCUUUUUACUUUAUUUGACUGAUGAUCGCCUUUUUCUGUCGCUGAGUUUGCAUGUUUCCAAUUGUUUGUUUUCUCGUUUCGUUGACAUCCAGUAGUUUAUCGUGAUGUAACUUCAUUACAUUUUUGCCGAAUUUCAAUCUCAAUUUAAACGCCAUAACGCCAUAACUUAUGUUCCGAAUAAAUUCAGAAAUACUGCAAGUUUACUUGCUAUCGCUGGGUGUGGAUGUUUGAUGACAUCACAACACGAGCGAACCGCCCAGAAAGGGCGUAACCCAAGCGCUUCUUCUCUCAACAUCAACCUAUUUCAAUAGCAUUGAUCAUAGCCUAAUUAGUAAGUUACAAGAAACUUGGUUUUGAAGACUGUGCACAGAAAUUGCAAGAGUGGAAUUACUGUCUUUGAACAGUGCGUCGAUUGAUUACUGUGAAGAAGUAUUUUGUUAUUCCGGACCUGUGACCGACAUUAAGCUCGCUGUCCCUUCAGCGUGAUCGGACUGUGCAUCACCGUCCUUUGGCUCUUAGCUUUUGCGCUACGAUAUUAAUCAGUCAUCAAUGCGCUAAAGAAAAGGUCCUACAAUACUUGCUUUUCAUUGACGCACUCAAAGAGGCUUGUCUGUAAUUUCUUGAUAUAUUCUACCAAGAAAGGAUAAUAUAUUUUGGACAAUUAUUAGUAAGUCAGAACAAGAAUGCCUGGGUAUGAGGCCAAGUUCGUCAAUGCUGUUGAUAAGUGCUUUGAAUGCCCAGUAUGUCUGACUGUCUUACGGGAUCCUGUUCAAGUAACUCCGUGUGGUCAUCGUGUAUGCAAGACUUGUAUACAGCCCAUUCUCAGGAAUAAGAGACCACGAUGUCCUUUGGAUAACCUUCCAGUGUGUGAUGAUCAGGUUUUCUCAGAUAAUGCUUGUCAUCGUCAAAUCCUGUCAAUGGAUAUUCUCUGCCGGCAUAACGAGAAGGGUUGUACCUGGACAGGACCGCUGAAUGACCAUAAGAAACACCUUGAUAAUUGUGAUUUAAACAAUGUAAAUUGUCCUAAAAACUGUGGAGCAUCUUUGGAAAGACGAAAAGUAGACGAACAUUUCACCGAGUGUGACAACCGUCAGACACCAUGUCUUCACUGUAAACAGAUGAUUGUCUUCUCUAGUAUGGAUGUUCAUUUACAAAGCUGCGCAUCAUUUCCGAUUUCUUGUCCUUUAAAAUGUGGUGUCAACGAACUCAGUAAACAAACGCUUUCUUCACAUAUGAACCUGGAAUGUCCUCUUCUUGUUGUCCCAUGCUCCUUUGCGCACGCAGGAUGCUCAUACAAGGCUGAGCGACAAAAGAUGCCAUCGCACAUGGAAGAAAACGUCACAUCUCAUCUUAUGCUUAUCUGCAAUAUAGUCAAAGACCAAAAACAGCAGCUCUCUUUACAAAGAGAGAGAAUUCAACUUCAAAAAGAACAUCUACAACUGCAGAAAGAAAUGCUUAUGGCUCAAAAAGACGAACUUAUCGAAACACGCAGUAAAACAGCUAGUGGGGAGUUUGUGUGGAGAAUAGACAACUUCACAAGAAAAUUGAUGGACGCCAAAUCAGGACGAGCCUCAGAGCCUCUGAUCAGUGAGCCUUUUUACACCCACCCCCACGGGUAUAAAAUGUGCGCAGGAAUUUGGUUGAAUGGUAUAGGAACAGGGAGGGGAAGGUACAUUUCUGUUGGGUUACAGGUUCAAGUUGGUGAGUUCGAUGGUGUACUUGACUGGUCGUUUUAUCCCCGUUAUACCUUCACUCUCCUCGACCAACACGAAUCAAAGAAAGACAAAAAAGACAUUGUUGCGACAUUUGAACCCCAAGGAAUCGUCCGACCCUCGAUAAACCGACAGCUCGGCAAAGGAGCGAGACGAUUCGUGCUACAAGACGAUGUGAUUGGCUCGACGUACUGUAAAGAUGACGUAAUAUACAUCAAGUUUAAUGUUGCAGUUAAGCAGCCUCCUUCGGGUUUUUUCGCCAAAGUAUAAUGUCUAUAACAGUGGAUUGGUAACAUUAAACUUGUAUUCCUACUGAUUUGCGCAAAGCUACAAAAAAUACCUCCAGAACAUUAAAUCUUUAAACAUAAUUAAUUAAUUUUUAGUUGUGUAAAAACAUAUAAAUGGUUUUAAAGAUAUUAAAAGAAUUUUGAUGACAAAUGGCGCCGUUACAAUGAUGUGCUCGAUAUAUAAUGACCGUUUUCAUUUGUCAGCAAUAACAGCUUAGCAAAUAAAUAGCAUAAUAAGGUCAAUACUGUUAUUUAUCUACGUUGAGCUGAGUAAAUAUGAAUUCUUAUCAA